CAUGCAAAAGUAGCGUUGAGAGUCUGCACAGACGAGACGACGGGUUCGUUGUCGGGUCGCCUUUGGCGUCGCGCUGCACGCCCACCCGACUCCCUUCGCGCCCAAGCUAGUACCAUACCACCAAACGCCACGCCACACACGAGCGCGCGCGCGCACCAUAUACUCUCCUCGCUGCCAUCUUCUUCGUCUGUGCAAGAUCCAUCGGUCGCAUUGCCAGUCUUAGCAGUUCCCGCGCGUCCAAGGAGCAGCAGCGGAAAACAUGGCAGUGCCGCUCCUCCGGCAAUGGCGCGGCCUCGCCGUGCUCACUGCCCUUCUCGCUGUCCACCUAGGCGCCGCCGUGGCGCAGUCGCCCGCCACGGCCCCUGCCCAGUCCCCGCCGGCCGUACCGACUGCUCCAGCCAAGUCGCCACCCGCCCCGGCCACCCCGGCUCCCACCGCCACCCCUGUCGCGCCGUCAAAGCCGCCGCCGGCCGCGCCCGCGGUCGCGCCAGCCACGCCCCCGCCAGUGACGCCGCCACCAGUGACGCCUCCUCCCGUGACACCUCCGCCGGCGACGCCUCCACCUGCCACGCCACCGGCGGUGCUCCCGCCCGCGACGCCGGCACCGGUGGCUACUCCCCCGGCCGAAGCGCCCGCGGUGUUGCCGCCCGCGACGCCCCCUCCGGUCGCUGAAGCGCCCGCGGUGCUGCCUCCGGCGGAGGCGCCGUCCAAGGGCAAGAACAAGCACAAGAGGAGGAAGAAGCAGCACGGCAAGAAGGAGGCGCCCGCGGAAGCGCCGCAACCGCUGAGCCCGCCGGCGCCCGCCGCGCCGACGCCCGCAGAGGACGACGUGUCCGGCCCUGCACCGUCAGCGUCCGAUCUGAGUGCGAGCAGCAGGCAAUACCAGCAUUGGGGUGUCGUCGUCGUGCAGACCGUCAUGGCUGUGCUUUUGCUAUCGCUAGCGUGGUAAAUCCCAGAGAGUGAUCCAUAUAUCAAUGUACCAGCUCAUGAUUUAAAUAUUUCCACUGUUGUUGUAUCAUCAUAGACUGGUGAGAUUAUCUUCGGGAUUUGUUAUAGGAACCAUUGGUUUGUGGCUUGUGAUAAUUUUGACAUGUUUUGGUACUCGUUUUUUUCAUUCAUCUUGGAAUAAAUGCUCGCAUUUGUUCAGACAAAA